GUUAAAGCAGUGUAAAGUGGAGUAGGAGGUUGUUUUUUAUCACAGAAAUUAUGUGAUGAAUUGAUUAUUGAUCAUCUGAUCCUUCUCUUUACACGGUUUUAUUAGCUCAGAUUGACCCUAAUUGGAGAUUUAGAUCUUCUUUCUUUGUAAUCAUCACUAAUUGAUUGAAGAUUAUGGCUCCACUGGACUACUGCCACUGCCGAGUUUUCUAGAUCCGCCGCUUCAAAAGUAAGAAAUUUACAACUUUGUUGAGGUUUUCCUUGUUUUUUUCUUGCUAAGCUGGUUGGUUUAUCUGGUGUUUUUACUUCUCGGGAUGAAUAAUUUCCCCGAUGACGUUCUGGAGAACAUAUUCGAUUACUUAAAGUCGAAUCAGGACAGAAACGCUGUAUCUCUGGUGUGUAAGUCGUGGUACAGGGUUGAAGGGUUCAACAGGAAGAGGGUUUUCAUCAGGAAUUGUUAUGCGAUCAGUCCUGAGAAGACACUCUCCAGGUUCCCUAGGCUUAGUUCCCUCACGCUUAAAGGAAGGCCUCAUUUCGCUCACUUCAAUCUGGUCCCUCCUGAUUGGGGAGGAUUUGUUUACCCUUGGAUUGAGGCAAUGGCCAAGAGUUGUGUCAAUCUGGAGGAUCUCAGAUUGAAGAGGAUGGUGGUUUCUGAUGAGAGUCUUAAGCUCAUUUCUAAAGCUUUUGUAAAUUUUAAGGCUUUGAAUUUAGUUGGCUGUCAGGGCUUCACUACUGCUGGCAUCUCUGCCAUUGCUUCCAAUUGCAGAUUUAUCAAAGAGCUAGAUCUACAUGAGAAUGAUGUUGAGGAUCUUGAAGGGAAAUGGCUUAAUUGCUUUCCAGAAACCUGCACAUCACUUGUCUCCUUAAAUUUUGCAUGCCUCAAAGGAGAAGUGAAUUUGUUAGCCCUCGAGAGACUAGUAGCAAGAUGUCGUAAUCUCACCAGUCUUAGAUUGAACAACUCAGUCCCUCUCGAAACUCUUCACAAGAUUUUGAAUCAAGCACCACAACUAGUUGACCUAGGGAUGGGACCUAUUGUGUACAAUGCAGAUUAUGAGAUGAGCCAAAAAUUGAACAGAGAUUUCCAGAAAUGCACGUCGAUAAGAAGCCUGUCGUCUGGCUUCGUGGAAGUUGCUCGUCGUUGCAGCUUGUCUGCUGUUUAUGUUGUUUGCAAGAACCUGACCACUCUGAAUUUGAGAUAUGCUUCCAGGAUCAAUUGCCAUGAGCUUUUCAAUAUCAUAGACAAUUGCUCCAAUUUACAGCGUUUAUCGAUUUUGGAUCACAUUGGAGAUUUUGGUUUAUCAGUAGUGUCUUCAGCUUGCAAGAAGCUACAAGAACUAAAGGUUUUCCCUACCAAUUCACAUGCCUUGGGCAACUCUUUCCUAACCGAGGCAGGCCUAGUUGCUAUCUCCCGGGGCUGCACGAAACUCGAAUCAUUAUUAUACUUCUGCCAUCGAAUGACAAACGCUGCCCUCAUAACAGUCUCCAAAAACUGUCCCAACUUCACCCGUUUCCGUCUCUCUAUCCACGACCCAACCGAACCGGACCCCACCACCUCCCAACCACUUGAUGAAGGUUUCGGAGCAAUAGUCCAAUCCAGCAAGGGCACCUUAAAACAGUUAUCAGUCUCGGGUCUUCUAACCGACAAGGUAUUCCUCUAUAUAGGAAUGUACGCGGAGCAACUAGAAAUGCUUUCGAUCGCGUUUGCUGGCAAGUGCGAUAAGGGAAUGUUGUAUGUGUUAAACGGUUGCAAGAAGUUAAAGGAGUUGGAAAUUAGGAAUAUUUCUUUUCAGAAUGAGACACUUUUGGCAAUGGAUGUGGAGAAGUACGAGACAUUACGAUCCCUUUGGAUUUCGUCGCGUGAGAUUACGGUUGGAGGGUGUAUGGCGGUUGCGGAGAUGGUGGCGAGGCUGAAUGUUGAGAUUAUGUGGAGAUUUGCCUAUGCGGCUGAUACAAAUAGAAUGGAUAAGAUUUAUCUUUAUAGGAGUAUGGUUGGGAAAAGGAGAGAUGCGCCUGGUUUUGUUUCUACAUUGUAGGUAAGGGUUUUAGUUUUUUUGAGGUUGUUAACUAGUGUUUUUGUUUCUUUUAUUAUUGCAAGUUUUGAUGAUGAUUAAUAGUUUAGGAGGAACACUACUUAAGUCUAUUGGGAUGAAUUAUGCUUGGUUUAGGUUUUGAUAUGUCAAUAAUGCUUAAUAACUUAAUAAUAAUGGUUGUUUGAGGUUCAUAUUUG